GGCAUAUAUAUAAAUAUUUUGGCGUAAUUGUUGAGAUAUUUGGAGAUAUUUAUUUAUGGUGGGUCACGGCGGGAAAUUGCAUGUUGUCGAUUGGCAAAUUUUGGACCGAAAAAAUUUAUCUUGUCGGAACGAAAUCUUACAAGAUUGCGAAUCCAGGUCUGAAAACCGUACAAUAUGCCAAAAGAAAGAGUAGCAAAGAAAUCCAGACAACACCAACAGAUUACCAAACAAGGGAUAACCUUCAAUAAGACAUUUGGUCAGCACAUUUUAAAGAAUCCACUCAUUGUUAACACAAUGAUAGAAAAGGCUGCUUUAAGGCCAACAGAUACUGUGUUAGAAGUUGGACCUGGUACAGGAAAUAUGACAGUCAAAUUACUUGAAAAAGUUAAAAAGGUUAUAGCCUGUGAAGUUGACCCAAGAUUAGCAGCAGAACUACAUAAAAGAGUUCAAGGAACACCAUUAGCUAACAAAUUACAGUUGAUUGUUGGUGAUGUACUAAAAACACCUUUACCUUUCUUUGAUGUUUGUGUAGCUAAUUUACCAUAUCAGAUUUCAUCACCAUUUGUGUUUAAACUGUUACUACACAGACCAUUCUUCAGGUGUGCUGUUCUCAUGUUUCAACAAGAAUUUGCCCAGAGAUUGGUUGCAAAACCAGGAGAAAAGUUAUACUGUCGUCUGUCAAUGAAUACACAAUUAUUAUCACGAGUCAGCCAUUUAAUGAAGGUUGGAAAAAAUAAUUUUCGUCCACCACCAAAAGUUGAAUCAAGUGUUGUAAGAAUAGAACCAAGAAAUCCUCCUCCACCAGUCAAUUUUCAGGAAUGGGAUGGUUUGAUAAGAAUCUGUUUCUCCAGAAAGAAUAAAACUAUUGGUGCUUCAUUCAGGUUCUCAAAGAUUUUAGCUUUAUUAGAAAAAAAUUAUAAAAUUCACUGCUCUCUUCAUAAUAAGACUUUGGCAGCUGAUUUUGAUAUAAAAGAAAAGGUUAAUGAAAUAAUAGAAGCUACUGGAUUAGAGAAAAAAAGAGCAAGAUUUAUGGAUAUCGAUGAAUUCUUAGAAUUGAUGAAUGCUUUCAAUAAAGAGGGAUUCCAUUUCGCCUAAAGGCAUUUGUUUGUAAAGGAAAACAAAUUGUGCUCCAUCUAAAACUAUUUGUUAUAUUAUUGUAGAUAUGUAAAUAAAUUGUGUUAUUUAAAUGUC